GGCACUUUGGCAGUAUGGAGGGGUUCUAUUGAGUGCCCCUCCAUUUCCAACUGGGACACCCCACCAUGGAGGGGAAAUCUUAACUUUUUUUUUCUAAUCGCGACUCGACCCGUUGAUACCCACGUCGUCAACCGGAAAGCUCCGUGUUCGGUGAACAUCUUAAGAUAGCUGUAGUAACAAGUUGUUGAUAUCAAUAUGGCCGACACCACCACGGCGGCCGCUGCGCCUCACAACACCUUCGAUACAGUUUUGGUGCUGGAUUUUGGCAGCCAAACAAGCCAUCUCAUUCUCCGACGACUGAGAUCCCUCAAUGUCUACGCUGAGAUGCUGCCGUGUACCACCAAGCUGGCUGAAUUAGACUGGACCCCUGUUGGCAUUGUCUUGAGUGGAGGCCCCUCCUCUGUUUACGAUGAAGGCGCUCCCGGCAUUGAUCCCGCUAUCUUUGACUUGGGUAUUCCAAUUCUGGGAAUAUGUUAUGGAUGCCAGUUGCUCGCCUGGUUGAUCAACGACAAAAACGUUGCUCGCGGCGAGGCUCGGGAGUAUGGUGAAACCGAUCUUACCAUCCACAAGGUUGGCAGCGCCAAUGCCGACCGUCUCUUUGAAGGCUUUGACGACACUCUCCAUGUCUUCAUGAGCCACUUCGACAAACUCAUGCAUUUGCCUGAGGGCUUCGUCACAAUCGCGAGCACGAAGAAUACUGCAUACGCUGGAAUUGCUCACGAGUCCAAGCCUAUAUUUGGAAUUCAACUACACCCCGAAAUCUCGCACACAAGUCGGGGUACAGAUAUACUCUCAAAUUUUGCCAUCAAGAUCUGCGGCGCACGUGCCAACUGGGAGAUGGGAAACUUCACCGAGAAGGAGAUUAUUAGAAUUCGCAAGCUUGUGGGCGAUAAUGCUCAAGUUAUUGGAGCAGUCUCUGGAGGUGUUGACAGCACAGUGGCAGCUCGAUUGAUGAAAGAGGCGAUCGGUGACCGCUUCCAUGCAAUUCUUGUGGACACAGGAUUAAUGCGUCUUAAUGAAUGCCAACAAGUCAAGGAGACACUUCAAGAACAUCUCGGUAUCAACCUAACGAUUGUCGACGGGUCAGAAUUGUUCUUCAGUCGCCUGGCAGGCGUCUUGGAGCCGGAAAAGAAGCGCAAGAUUAUCGGUGAAACUUUUAUUGAUCUAUUCGAGAAAGAAGCUAUCCGUAUCGAGGAAGAGGCAAAGGAAACAACCCGUGCUGGAAAAGUGGAAUGGUUCCUUCAGGGAACACUUUACGCCGACUUGAUUGAAUCUUUGAGUUUCAAAGGUCCUUCGGCUACUAUCAAGUCGCAUCACAAUGUCGGCGGUCUUCCCGCUAGAAUGAUGAACGGACAAGCACAGCUCAAGCUAAUUGAACCUCUACGAGAGCUCUUCAAGGAUGAAGUGCGAGCGUUCGGUCGCCAACUAGGCAUCCACGAGGACCUUGUUAUGCGCCACCCAUUCCCAGGCCCGGGUAUUGCUAUCAGAAUCCUCGGAGAGGUAAACCGUGAGAAUGUCGAACUCGUCAGAAAAGCCGACCAUAUCUUCAUUUCUAUGAUUAGGGAGGCUGGAAUCUACGACCAGAUGUCACAAGCUUAUGCUGCUCUUGAUACCAACAGAGCUGUGGGAGUGAUGGGUGAUAGCCGCGUUUAUGGUAUGAUCAUCAUAUUGAGAGCCGUUACCAGCGUGGACUUCAUGUCCGCCGAACCAUUCGAGUUCCCAUUCCAACUCCUUAAGAACAUCUGCCGAAGAAUCGUUAACGAAGUCGAUGGAAUCACUCGAGUCGUGUAUGACUGCACUUCAAAACCUCCUGGAACCAUUGAACUGGAAUAAAGGAAUAUUAGACUCGACAGGGUAGAUUAGCCUAGGCUAGCUAAACCAAGCUGGCAUCAACAAGCUACGAAUGAAUAGGGGCGUGGAUUGUAAUCAAGAACCACUUCAACCCCGAGCUGGGGACACUGUGGUCAUGUGUCUCAAUUGAAAAUGAGCGGCUUUUAAAUGGAGGCUUGAUAUAUUAAACGAUGUGCGAUUGUUACUGUGUUUGAAUGUGGCGGGCUUAAGCUGGUAACGCAUGGAAUGGAGCUAAAAAGGCAUAGAUACUAGACCAACGCCUUCACUGUUGCGUAGAUUUUCAUCAACAAAUACUAUAGAUGAUAAAAAGUAAGAAUUGAUUUACCAGACAAUACAUAUCUCGACAUUGAGCAGUCC